AUGUCGGAUGCGUAUGGGUUGGAGUGCGGGGUGAGGCAGGGGGGGUUGUGCUCGCCAACGCUUUUCAACUUGUACGUUGAUGACCUCAUAGGCGAGCUCAGCGGCACCAGAAUCGGCUGUCAUAUAGAUGGAGUUUGCGUCAAUAACUUAAGCUACGCGGAUGAUAUGGUGCUGCUGAGCGCGUCUGUGUGUGGUCUGAGAAAAUUGGUGGCCAAAUGUGAGGAGUAUGCGGGGACCCAUGGUCUACUUUAUAAUGUUUUAAAGAGCCAACUCAUGGUCUUUGAGGCCAGGGGUAGACGUCACGAUAUAUUACCACCGGUCUUCCUUAAUAACUCUGAACUGAAGAGAGUGCAUAAAUUUAAAUAUCUUGGUCACGUAUUGACCCCUGGCCUCAAGGAUGAUGAGGAUAUAGAAAGAGAACGGCGGGCAUUGUCGGUGAGAGCGAACAUGCUGGCUCGCAGGUUUGCGCGCUGUACAGCGGAUGUCAAGAUUGCUCUUUUUAGAGCAUAUUGUACCUCCUUCUACACGUGUAGCCUGUGGGUUAGAUACACUCAAAAAACCUUCAAUGCCCUAAGGGUGCAGUACAAUAAUGCAUUCAGGGUGCUGUUGGGACUGCCCCGCUUCUGCAGUGCGUCAGGGAUGUUUGCAGAGGCACGGGUCAACUGCUUUUUUACCACAAUGCGCAAAAAAUGUGCAUCCCUGGUGCGCAGGGUCCGGAGUAGUGGCAACAGCAUCCUGACCAUGAUUGCGAGCAGGUUGGAUUGUGUGUACGUGAGGCAUUGCUGUGACACAGCCUAUGGAGUGAAGCGGGGAUGA